UCAACACUGAAGAUGAUGAAUUUGAGUCACAGGCUGAGGCUUCUCUCACAGUGCCCUUGUCAGAUGGUGAAAGUCCGCCAGCAUGUAGCACGCCAGUCCCGGUCAGACCCAAGAGCCCAUGGGGAGCACAUGACCCCUAUCUGUCCAUGGAGGAGCUAGGGAAGUCCUUUGUGGGCUUUGCCUCUUUACCUCACCAAAUUCACAGGAAGAACGUGAAAAAAGGCUUUGAGUUCACGCUGAUGGUUGCAGGGGAAUCUGGCCUGGGGAAGUCCACCCUGAUCAACAGCCUGUUUCUCACAGAUCUUUACAGUGACAGGAUCAUACCCAAAGCCUCAGAGAUGUUAAAAAGAACAGUUGCUAUAAACAAGAAGACAUUAGACAUUCAGGAGAAGGGAGUCAGGCUGAAGCUGACCAUUGUGGACACACCAGGAUUUGGGGAUGCCUUGGACAGCACAAAGAGCUAUGAUCCUAUACUGGACUACCUCGAUCAGCAGUUUGAGAAGUACCGUGUGGAUGAGAUGGGCACGCAUCGCACGCAAAUCAAAGACAACCGCGUCCACUGCUGUCUCUACUUCAUCUCCCCCUUUGGCCAUGGUCUGAGGCCCAUAGAUGUGGAAUUCAUGAAGGACCUGCAGGGGAAGGUGAAUAUUGUUCCUGUAAUAGCCAAAGCCGACUGCCUCACCCAAGCCGAACUGCUGCAUAAGAAAGAAACGAUACGGAUGGAGAUUGACCUUCAUAAGAUCAAGAUCUUCCAGUUUGCAGAUUGUGACUCUGAUGAUGACAUAGAAUGGACCAGGCAGGAUUAUGCGAUGAAGAACAGCAUCCCUUUUGCUGUGGUCGGGAGCAAUAUGGUGUUGAGGACCCAGGGGAGAAUUGUGAGAGUGCGGGGGUACCCGUGGGGAGUGGUGGAAGUUGAGAACCCCGCCCACAGCGACCUGGUCCACUUGAGGACUAUGCUGGUGCGCACGCACAUGCAGGACCUGAAGGAGAAGACCCAGGAGAGCCUGUACGAGCAGUACCGCAUCGGUCGCAUGCAGACGCGCACGCCCAGCGCAGUGUUCCAGUAGGCAGGCAAGAGACACACGUUCCCCCACACAACACCGCAUAGCCAUCCGGUGAUUUGUGUGCCGUCUGUGGCCUCACAUUCAUUCUUUUUUUUGUUGUUGAUUUAGGAAUCCAACUGUCGGACAUCAAUGCAAUAAAUUCCAGUGUGCAAUUAA